UGUGUGGUGAUGUUGUAGAUUCUUUUGUUGGAAGGCAUUAUGCUAGGCGCCAGAUUUAGUUUGUUAAGAAGUACUAAAAGUUAGGCAAUAAUUAAGGAGGCUUAUCCUCCCGGGAGAGUUAUCUUAUCCCCUAGAAAAUCUGUAGUAUGGUUAGGCACCUAAGCUAUAAAGGUGGCCUUAGAUUGUACUAGGAGAUUUAUCAAAGAAGUUGUGCCUGUGGGUGCGGCUGCUUGAUCACCCUGGUAGAACCUACGCCAUCUGGUGAUCUUAGCUCCCAGCCGCCACACAGCAUACCCUAUUCCCUGCGUUCUUCUACUCAAUCCACCUUAAUAUCCCACCCUUCGUGGUGCACUCCUCCCCGCCCUGCGCAUCGCAGCCGGGUUCACAACAAUUUGGUAUCAGAUUCCAAAGCUGCAGCGACAUCCAUGUCCGGCAGCGACGAAGAUCCUGGGAAGAUGACUGACUCCGAGAAGCUGGACCGUAUUCUGGGACAGCUGGCCACAAUGAACAACCGCCUGGACGCCCACGCUCAACGGCUCGCUCUCCUAGAACAGGAACCUGUUCAGCCGACAGGAUCACCGCUAGCGCCACCUCUGGCCGCGGCUACCCUGUCCACGGGUCCUGCCCUGGAGAGUCACGCAGGUGCAGAGCUUCCCAGUUCUGGCGCUUACAAUGGCGGAUUCGGCGGUGGUCGCCGAGCUCCACUGCACAGUAGCCACCGUGAUCGCUAUGAAGACGGUGGACCACGGCGACCAAAUUUUACCUUUCCACACUUUGACGGUGAAGCUGACCCCUUGCCUUGGAUCAACAAAUGCGACACAUAUUUUCGCGGCAUGGGCGUUCAUCAAGAUGAGCGGGUUUGGCAGGCAUCCUUGCACUUGGAAGGUGUCGCAGCGGAGUGGUUUUAUGCCCUGGAGCGUGACAUUGGUGGCGUACUCACUUGGUCAAGGUUUAUAGAAUUUCUCCAGAUGCGUUUUGGGCCACCACUCCGUUUCAAUGGCAUGGCUGACUUGAAAGCAUUACAGCGCACCGGCACCGUCGAAGACUACACUCGACAGUUUUUAACAAUCCUGUGCCGCUGUGAUGACAUGACUCAUCGGCAGCAGACCAACAUGUACACAGCAGGAUUGGGGGAGCCCCUGCGCACUGAUGUGGAGAUGGAGAUGCCAGAGACACUUCAACGGGCAAUGCAUUUGGCCCGAGUGUAUGAAAGACGUCUGCUGCUAUCUGCCAGCUCCAACACCACCUCAUAUCAGGCACCAGCAGCGCCAUCCAAAUCCCCAACAACUGCAGCAGCACGACCAACAUCAUCGGCCUCCAGCAGGCCUCGCUUCCGACGUCUAUCUCCUGAGGAGAUUGCUGCUAAGCGAGCCAAUGGUGAAUGUUACCAUUGCAAAGAGAAAUAUUCUCCUGAUCACAAGUGUACUGCUCGCGGCGUGUUCCUGCUAGAACUGGAGGAAGAUGACACCACCACAGAAACUGGCUUACCAGAAGACUUGGGUAUUUCACUGCAGGCUAUGACCGGAAUAGGAGUCGCUGACACCCUCAGACUUCCGGUCAGCAUCAAUGGCAUCACACUCACUGCAUUGGUUGAUUCAGGUUCCACCCACACUUUUCUUUGUGACGCUGCAGUAUCGCGCCUAGGCUUACAAGUGGUUCCUCAACCCGGUCUCUCAGUAAAAGUGGCCAAUGGCGAGCGCAUAUCCAGCAGGGGCAGGGUCACUACCACACUCACCAUCGGCACUGAGGAUUUCCCCACAACAUGCUACUCCUUACCAUUGGACGGCUUCGAUCUAGUUCUGGGGGUUGAGUGGUUGCGGUCUUUAGGACCCGUCAUAUGUAAUUUUGACAACCACACCAUGGCAUUUUGGCGCCAAGGACGGCUGAUCCGCUUGACAGGCAUGGGGGACCCGAUUCUCUGCAGCACAGCCAUUGACAAAAGCCGAGAAUGCAUGGAGGAACUUCUACAAUCAUUUGCUGCUUUGUUUGAAGAACCACACGGUCUGCCGCCUUCGCGUCGCCAUGAUCAUCAUAUUCGGUUACUGUCUGGAACAGAACCGGUGGCAGUGCGACCGUACAGAUACCCCAACUUCUGAAGGAUGAAAUCGAGAGGCAGUGUGACCAAAUGUUGCAGCAGGGGAUCAUUCGUGAGUGCACAUCAGCAUUUUCAUCGCCCGUCUUGUUGGUAAAGAAGGCAGACAAUACAUGGCGGUUUUGUAUAGACUAUCGUGAGUUGAAUGCAAAAACAGUAAAAGACAAGUUUCCAAUCCCAGUGGUUGAUGAACUUCUAGAUGAGCUACGGGGUUCAUGCUUCUUCACCAAGCUUGAUCUUCGCAGUGGAUAUCAUCAAGUUCGAAUGCAUCCCAGCGACAUCCACAAGACAGCUUUCCGAACACAUUGUGGUCAUUUCGAGUUUCUUGUAAUGCCAUUCGGCCUUACCAAUGCACCAUCCACUUUCCAAGCUCUCAUGAAUGACAUCUUGAAGCCCUUCAUCCGAAAGUUCACACUGGUUUUCUUCGACGACAUCUUAAUAUAUAGUUCGUCCUGGACAGACCACCUGAGGCAUGUAAAGCAGGUGUUCCAGCUGCUGAGUGACAACGAGCUAGUUCUCAAGCGUUCCAAAUGCUCCUUCGGUGAACCGGCAGUGUCAUAUCUUGGACAUAUUGUAUCAGCACAGGGGGUCGCUAUGGAUCCAUCUAAAGUGGAUGCAGUGGAGUCGUGGCCAAUACCACGUACACUCAGAGCUCUCCGCGGUUUUCUUGGUCUUAUAGGAUAUUAUCGCAAGUUCAUAGCUGGUUAUGGGUCUGUUGCAAGCCCUCUCACUGCUCUUCUAAAAAGGGAUGCCUUCCAAUGAACAGAUGAGGCAGCAGAGGCUUUUUGCCAGCUGAAACAAUCACUAUUAACAGCACCACUUCUUCAGUUACCCGAUUUCACCAAAAGAUUCUUCAUUGACUGUGAUGCGUCGGGCUCAGGAUUUGGGGCAGUUCUACACCAAGGGGAUGGAGCCAUAGCAUUUUUCAGCAGGCCUGUGUCUCGCCAUCAUCAGAAACUGCCAGCCUAUGAGAGGGAAUUGAUUGGGUUGGUCAAAGCAGUUCGGCAUUGGAGACCAUAUGUAUGGGGUCGACCAUUCACAGUCCGGACUGACCAUUAUAGCUUGAAGUUCCUGCUCGAUCAACGAUUGUCAACGAUUCCUCAACACACGUGGGUCAGCAAGCUUUUUGGAUAUGACAUUACGGUGGAAUACCGGCCAGGCAAACUCAAUGGCGCAGCAGAUGCGCUGUCCCGUCGGGAUGAGGAUAUGGGAACUAUGUACACCAUCUCCUCGCCUUCCUUUGAUUUAUUUGCUACUUUAAAGGCAGAAGCUGAAACUGAUUCACAGGUGGCUGCAAUCUGCAAGCAGUUGGCUGAUGGCACUGCUAGCCCGGGUAGGACUACAACGGAUGGUCUGCUACGGUUCAAGGGCAAAGUAUUCAUUCCAGAGGCGUCAUCAUUAUGGUCUGUACUUCUUGCCCAAGCUCAUGAAUCUGGUCAUGAAGGCGUGCAAAAGACAAUUCACAGGUGGAGAACAUCUUUUUACAGUCCAAAAGCACUCCACCGGGUACGUGAGUUCGUGCGCAGUUGUGCAGUUUGCCAACGCAACAAGACUCAGCACCUUCAUCCAGCUGGUUUGCUGCAACCCUUGCCCAUUCCUUCUAUGGUUUGGGCUGACAUAUCAAUGGACUUCAUUGAGGGCUUUCCAAAGGUUGGUGGCAAGUCAGUAGUGCUGACAGUUGUAGACCGAUUCUCAAAGUAUGGCCAUUUCAUUGCCUUGGGCCACCCCUACACAGCAGUCUCAGUGGCGAAGGCUUUCUUCGAUGAUAUUGUCAAACUCCAUGGUCUACCAUGUUCCAUUGUAAGUGAUCGGGACACAGUUUUCACUAGCCAGUUUUGGACUGAACUGUUUCACAUGGCCGGGGUUAAGUUACAGAUGAGCUCAGCCUUUCACCCACAAUCAGAUGGUCAAUCAGAAGUGGUGAACCGGAUUAUAACUAUGUACCUCCGCUGUCUCGCUGGGGAUCAGCCUAAAUCGUGGUUGAAGUGGCUUCCAUGGGCUGAAUAUUGCUAUAAUUCAUCAUAUCAGUCGGCUCUAAAGUGCUCGCCAUUCAAAGUAGUGUAUGGCAGGGACCCUCCUCCUAUGGUUUCCUACCAGCCAGGGAACUCCAAGGUAGCAGCCGUUGAUGUCCAGCUGCAGGACAGAGAUGCAUUUCUUGAGGAAAUCAAAGCACGUCUAGUGCAAGCUCAAGUCACUAUGAAAAGCUACCAGGAUCAGCGUCGCAGAGAAGUGGAAUUCAGUGUGGGAGAUUGGGUCUGGCUACGGCUACAACAGCGAACGGCUGUAGGGGUCACUACGGCUUCUCCCUCCAAGUUGGGACCAAAAUUUUAUGGUCCAUAUCAAAUCACACAAAAGAUAGGGGAGGUGUCCUACAAGCUGCAACUACCACCAAAUGCACGCAUUCAUGACGUUUUCCAUGUUGCUCUCCUGAAGAAGUUCGAAGGCACCGUGCCAACACAGCUGGUUCCCUUACCACCCUUGUUACAUGGGCGGGUUAUUCCAUCGCCUGAGAAGGUCCUCCGAGCAAGGCUGAAUAGAGGAGUCUGGGAGCUGCUGGUAAAAUGGGUAGGGCGCUCAGAAGCAGAUACGUCAUGGGAAGAAGUUGAGGCAUUUAAACGCCAAUAUCCACAUGUGGCGCUCGCGGACGAGCUGUUUGUUGGGGAGGGGGGAAGUGUUGUAGAUUCUUUUGUUGGAAGGCAUUAUGCUAGGCGCCAGAUUUAGUUUGUUAAGAAGUACUAAAAGUUAGGCAAUAAUUAAGGAGGCUUAUCCUCCCGGGAGAGUUAUCUUAUCCCCUAGAAAAUCUGUAAUAUGGUUAGGCACCUAAGCUAUAAAGGUGGCCUUAGAUUGUACUAGGAGAUUUAUCAAAGAAGUUGUGCCUGUGGGUGCGGCUGCUUGAUCACCCUGGCAGAACCUACGCCAUCUGGUGAUCUUAGCUCCCAGCCGCCACACAGGAUACCCUA